CAACGGGAAGCUAGUAACGAGGCUUACGAUAAAAUGAACACAGAACUGACCAAUCCAGAUAAUAAGAGUGUUACUACGUCCAAACAUAAUAUUGAUUUGAAGAAUACUCAGAUAACAAUGGCACAUAGAGAUUCUCAUCCCAAUAAUAUAACUGGACCUUUUGAUCUGAAUAAACAUAACACAAUACAUCCAGAUGUAAAGUUAAACUCAUGUAAUAUUAAUGUUACACAGCCCAACCAAUCUGGUGGUUCGGAGGAGCAUUAUGCAAUAGAUGCAGAUGGAUUGACACACUCAAGUAAUGUUAGUGAAAGAACCUCUAUUCAACCCAGUAAUUUAAAAUGUGCAGCACUAUACACUGAUGAUGAACCUUAUUCAUGUGACAUUUGUGGUAAAAUAUUCAAUUAUUCUGAUCAAUUUAACUCACAUAAAAGAACACAUACCGGUGAUAAACCUUUAUCAUGUGAUGUUUGUGGUAAGAGUUUCAGUGAAUCUGGUAGUAUGAAGAGACAUAUCAGAAUACACUCCGGUCAUAAACCGUACGCAUGCAAGGUGUGUGGUAAGAGAUUCAAUGCAUCUGGAAAUUUGAACAUGCAUAAAAUAAUACAUACCGGUGAUAAACCUUUUUCGUGUGAUAUUUGUGGUAAGAGUUUCAGUAGAUGUGGUGAUAUGAAGAGACAUAGUAGAAUACACUCUGGUGAUAAACCUUAUCCAUGCAAUGUGUGUGGUAAGAGAUUCAGUGAAUCUGGUAAUUUGAACCGGCAUAAAAGAAAACACACCGGUGAUAAACCUUUUUCGUGUGAUGUGUGUGGUAAGAGUUUUAGUGGAUCUGGUACUAUGAAGAGACAUAGAAAAAUACACACCGGUAAUGAACGUCCUUAUGCAUGCGAUGUAGAUUCAUCUGAAUGUGUGAUAAGAGAUUCAAUGAUUCUGGUAAUUUGAACACAUAUAAACACAUAGCUGUGACAAACCUAAUUCAUGCAAUGUUUGUGGUAAGAAUUUCAGUGAUAUUGGGAAUUUGAAAAAACAACAUGACAUUUAGAGACCCAAUAAAUUUAUUUGUAUUCAAAAAGGACCUGUAAAAUGCUAAUAUCACAUUGUUUUCCUAUUUUAACUAACAAACUGUUACAUUCAUUGAUAUAUUUUGAUUCUUCGACAGAGACAUCAAGAUUAUUUCUUACAUAAACUAUAAUCCCAUCAUUUUGAUAGUAGUGUAUAGUACUCUUGUACAUAAUAUAUUCGGAAUUUGAGGUACGUUUGGUCGAAUGGUAAGCCAACAUUCGUUUAAAACAAUAAGGUCACAAUCCAUGAUAAGUGUCUGUUGUAUAGUACAAAACCUGUCAAAAGGUAGUGUUUAUAUAUUUUGUGUUAGUGCUGUAAAUGGAUUUUUGUUAGGAGAAAGAUAUUCUUUGCAAUUCUCAGCUUCACAAACCUUGGACUCAGAUACUGAAAAAUUAUUUAAUUCAUUUAUUACAAUCCACACAUUAAUCACGAUUAAU